GAAGUUUUUUUCCUAUCUGAAACCAGUCGUUUUCAUGGAAAAGAUAACCCAACAACACCAAACACAAAGAUUGUCUUCAAUCCCUACGCGCAUUGCUUGGGUCCCACUGCUUCCGUCCCAAUUAUAUGCACCUCUAUCUAACCAAUCGUGGGAUCUCACAAUCUAACUCUCUUAUGAGUUUGGUGGAAUCUCACAAUCACUCUUUUUCGUUUGGACUUUCCCUCAAAGUUUUAAAAGACGUUUAUUAGGGAGAUGUUUCCACACCCUUAUAAGAAAGACUUAAUUCUCCUCUCCGAAUCUCACAAAAUUUACGUAUGACUCUUGGGCUACAGGAAAGACUAGUGAAUUUAGAGAGCGUUGAAAUUAAUAUUUGAACACCAAUAAGAAUGAGGGUUAAUGGGAUUAGGUCGUAGAUUAAUGAGCAAUCUGAGUUGCUUGAGAAACCAGUCUCAUUAACAAACUCCCCUCCCCCCAUAACACAAAUAAUAAUAAUAAAUAUAAAGUAGAAUUUUUGGGUCAAAAAGGAGAAACCCACCACAUACAAUUCACACUAUUUUAAAAGAUUUGGAAAAUGUUUGAAAUAUUAUAAAUAAUUAAUUCACACCAAACCAAAUUGAGUAGAGGGAGAUUCAUAGAAUAAGACCAAAAAGCAUAUACAAAUAAUUAAAAGAAAAAAAGAAAAAAAAAAACAAUUUUGAGGAUCUUAGUGGGAUGGUACAAUUUUGUCAAAACAAACACACUUUUCAAAAUUUUACAUAUAUAUUAUUUUUUUUUUUUUUAAAUGAAACAAACCGACACAAAAGGGUUGCAAACAAACAACCUAAAACAUUCUUUCUUGCUUAAACUACUGCCCAUUUCUUUCCUUCUUUCUUUCUUUCUUUCUUUCUUUCUUUUGGGCAUGCAUAACAUUCUUCAACUUAUGCAUCAUUAGCUUUACCAAAAAAACCUUCAAUUUUCCUUCCAAAUUACUGUUUUUCUUUCUCAAUCUUUUCUGGGUUUUUUCUCCUGCUUCCAAGAUUCUCAAAAAUGGAGGCCAUGAUGCACUCCGGCAGCGGCAGCGGCGGCGGCGGUGGAGGAGGCUUCAAGGCCAAGGGAAGGCCACAAGAGCAAUUGAACUGCCCAAGGUGCAAGUCGACCAACACAAAGUUCUGCUACUACAAUAACUACAGCCUCACACAGCCGAGGUACUUUUGCAAAUCUUGCCGCCGGUAUUGGACCGAGGGCGGUUCUCUUAGGAACAUCCCUGUCGGAGGAGGCUCCCGGAAGAAUCGUAAACCGGCGGCUUCGGUUACUGGGUCAGCUUCGGCCAACCACGCGCCGCCGCAGCCGGUAUACCAAGCCCAUGAUCUGAAUUUGGGUUUUCCGACGACGACGACGACGGCGGCGGCGGCAGCGUCGGCGGGGAUAGAAAACGGCGGGCACGGAGGAUUUGGAUUUUAUAUACCGAAUUUGAUGCCGUAUCCAGCCCGAGACACGGCGGUGGAAGAGAAUCCUGGUAGUAAUGGGUAUUGGAAUGGGAUGUUUAGUGGAGGGCCAUGGUAGAAACAUUCGAGAGAUCAGAAGAAUUAUGAGAAGUAAUUUACACGUGACAUUAAAAAAAAAAAAAAAACAAAAAAACACUUGAGUAUAUGAAAUUGUUAAGCUGGGCUUUCUGAACUCUGAUUUAUAUCUCUGCUUUUUUUUUUUUUUGUGAAUUUGGAUUGGGUUUGGCUUUGAUUUGUUUGAAGGUGUUGUACUAAAAAAAGCUAACAAACAAGUUUUUAUGUAUCAAUUUUCUCUUUUAUAUAUCUUCACGCUUUCUCUCU